UAUAAAAGUUGAAAAGAAAAAAUUCUUGUAGAACACAAUUUAAAGAAAAAGUUGAAAAAAUAUUUACAUUUUGAACUACAUAAAAUAUGUCGAAGCCCAUACAAGGAAAAGAAGUCUUUGAGGCACUUGCCGACCUCAAGGAACCUGUAACCUUGGACGAAAUCGUGCGUUACGUAGCCAAAACUCACUCACAAUCGGAGGAUAAAGUGAAGAAAGCGGUCGAGGAUAUAUUAAAUGGUGGAGUUCGUUUUGGCCUUGUAGAGAAACAUAACGAAUUUUACUACCGGAUUUGUGAUAUGGUUGACUCCCUAGAAGAUAGCUCUGAGGUGGAUGAGGACGACGAGGUUGAUAGUGGCGCUAGUGUUGAGAGUGUGCAAAGUGUCGACAGUGGGGAUUUAUUUUCUGAACCGCAGUCUAAAAAGAGCGUUGAAGCAAAAGCGCCGAAAUCCAAGAAUCAUCGAGGUGGGAAGUUGAAGGAUUAUUGCAGUGAUGAAGAAGAGGAUGAGCAAUAUUUGCCAUUGGAAAAUAGAACUAGAAGAAGAUCCCAUAGAUGCACGAGCGACUGCACUGGCUUCCAUACCACAAGAUCGCUGGACAAUUGUCGCCACUCACGCACCCGCAGUCGUUCGGCUACACGUCGGCGUUAGUGUCGUGGUACUCGGCAACCAUAAAGCUCGGCUCAGAGAUUCAUAGUUGAAGGUUGUUAGUUUUUCAUUUUCGAAAUUGUCUGUGAAUUGUAAAAUUUGUAUGAAAAAAUUGAAAUGUGAAAUUUAAUUGAAAAAAAAAAUAUA